CCUAUUAGCGGGAAUAUCUUGGGAACUCGCUUCUGUCCGCUUGCUUCCCUCUCCUUUUAAAUGCUUCCACUUUCGAUGCCUUCAAUAUCUCCACAGCAAAACAAAAGCAUUCAUCAUGUCCUCGCAAUCAAACCUUUAUCUCCUCCUCUCUCCUGCAGUAAUUCCGGCUUGCUACAUCUUCCCACCUCCAAAAUCUUCCUUAUCCUUCGACGGUGUCUGGUCAUUCGGGGCAAAAGACAAACGAGUUAACUUUGAUUCUCCCUUGAGAUGCAGCGCAAUAUCCAAGCCUCGGAUAUUUCAAGACGUGUUUCGAAAUGGUCUGCCAGUCAUAAAGUGGCCAGAGAUUGUGGAGGAUGACAUAGAGAGGGAAAAUGAUCUUGAGUUAAAGGUUUCUACAUCAAAUCCUAAACUGAAACGUGUGAAUUCCAUCAAGUCGAUGUUGGGCUCCAUGGAAGAUGGAGAAAUCAGCAUUUCGGCUUAUGACACAGCAUGGGUUGCUCUAGUACAAGAUGUUAAUGGAAGUGGUCUUCCUCAGUUCCCAUCUAGCCUUCAGUGGAUUGCCAACAAUCAGCUUCCAGAUGGGUCAUGGGGAGAUAGUGAGAUUUUCUUUGCUUAUGAUCGGAUAAUCAACACGUUAGCCUGCGUUGUUGCUUUAAAAUCAUGGAAUAUUCUUCCUGAAAAGUGCGAGAAAGGAAUUUCAUUUUUAAAAGAAAAAAUAUGUAAGCUUGAAUGCGAGAAUGAUGAGCACAUGCCCAUUGGCUUUGAAGUUGCUUUCCCUUCACUUCUGGAGAUAGCUCGAAGUUUAGACAUUGAAGUACCUUAUGAUUCUCCGGCCUUGCAAGAUAUAUAUGCAAAGAGAAACAUAAAGCUCACAAGGAUACCAAGGGACAUCAUGCACAAAGUGCCCACAACUUUACUCCAUAGCUUGGAAGGAAUGCCAGGCCUGGACUGGGAAAAGCUUCUUAAACUGCAGUCCCAAGAUGGGUCGUUCUUGUUCUCUCCAUCCUCCACUGCCUUUGCACUCAUGCAGACCAAGGACAAAAAAUGUUUGAGAUAUUUAAAAAAAGCAGUCCAGAGGUUUAAUGGGGGAGUCCCCAAUGUGUAUCCAGUGGACUUGUUUGAGCACAUCUGGGCUGUGGAUCGGUUGCAGCGCCUUGGAAUUUCGUCAUAUUUUAAGCCAGAGAUUAAGGAAUGUGUUAAUUAUGUUUACAGAUAUUGGACCCACAAAGGAAUUUGCUGGGCCAGAAAUUCAGGGGUUUAUGACAUUGACGACACUGCCAUGGGAUUCAGGUUACUCCGAUUGCAUGGCCACCAGGUUUCCGCUGAUGUGUUUCAGCAUUUUGAGAAAGGUGGCGAGUUCUUCUGCUUUGCCGGGCAGUCUACACAAGCCGUGACCGGGAUGUUUAACCUGUACAGGGCUUCUCAAGUGCUAUUUCCGGGAGAGAAGAUCCUCGAGAAUGCAAAGCAAUUCUCAUCCAACUUCUUGCGAGAAAAACAAGCUGCGAACGAGCUCUUUGACAAAUGGAUCAUAAUGAAGGACUUACCUAGCGAGGUAGGGUACGCACUACAAAUCCCUUGGUAUGCAAGCUUACCUCGCGUGGAGACCAGAUUCUACAUUGAACAGUAUGGUGGCGACGAUGAUGUUUGGAUCGGCAAGACCCUUUACAGGAUGCCGUAUGUGAACAAUAAAACCUAUGUGGAGCUUGCAAAACUAGAUUACAACGAUUGCCAAGCCUUGCAUCGACUGGAAUGGGAUAUUAUUCAGAAGUGGUACUCAGAAUGUAAUCUUGGAGACUUUGGAGUAAGCAGAAGAACAGCUCUGUUUGCUUAUUUUCUGGCAGCAGCCAGUAUUUUCGAACCGGAAAGGUCGAAAGAACGGCUUGCAUGGGCUAAAACUACAGCCUUGGUUGAGGCAAUCACAUGUCAUUUUCGUGAGAAAGAAACGAGGACAGCCUUCCUGCAUGAAUUCAGAAACCACCCUCAUCCACGAGACUACAUGAUAAUGGGAAUUAGAUCAAGGUCCAAUAUUACAAAGAAGAUCACAGGGCAGGCACUCGUCGGGACAUUGCUUGAAACCCUAAGGCAUCUCUCGUUUGAGGCAGUAGUUGCGCACAGACAAGAAAUUAGCCACCAUUUACGACAAGCGUGGGAAAAGUGGCUGCUGGAGUGGCACAGAGAAGGCGAUAGGCACAAAGGAGAGGCGGAGUUGCUUGCAGAUACGAUAAAUCUCACCGCUGGCCGCUCGGUUUCGGAGGAGCUUUUGUCCCAUCCUCAGUACACGAGACUGUCCGGCCUCAUUAACAGAGUAUACUACAAACUUUGUUCCUGCCAAAAACACAAGGUACAAGAUCAAAAUGGCAGCCACAGCACUUCAUUAUAUGCGAACAUGAGCAUGAUCACAACCCCCGAAAUAGAAUCUGACAUGCAAGAACUCGUGCAAUUGGUGCUACAGAACUCAGCGGAUGAUAUUGAUUCUGAUAUCAAGCAAACAUUUCUCGCUUUAGCGAAGAGUUUUUAUUAUGCAGCCUACUGUGAUCAUGGAACUAUCAACAUCCACAUUGCCAAAGUUCUAUUUGAAAGAGUAGUUUGAGUUUUCUGUACAUAUAUAAUUGAUCAUCAAUGUCGUCGCCAUUUAUAAAAAGCAUCAUCAAGCAUGUUCUUC